CAUAUUUGGAAUGCCUUUUUCAGCCUACACCAAGACAUAUCAUACGGCGUACCACACGUGGCGAUUGGACAAUAAUUGCAUUGAUAUCGCCUACUUGAGAUGACUUGAGCAAUCCAAGAUUGGCAAGGCUUGUACGGAACUGGGUUACGGUACGAAUAUUGUUUUGUUUCAACACAAGGUCAUAACGCUAUGGCACCUGUGUGGGCUUCAGAUAGCAGCGACGACGACCUGCCUUCGCUUGAGGACAUUCUAAGCCGCACUCGAGGAAUACCACAGGCAGCUCCCAAGUCUACUUCGAGGAGAAAGCCCAGGGAUGCAUUAAAAACUGGGACGGAGCCAGGCGAUGAGGAGACGGCGACGGCACCACCCGCAAAAGAAACCACAGUAAGACGUCGAAAGUUGGGCCAGACUGUGGACAAUCCUCUUCUUCGGCCCUGGGGUCAACGACCGGAUGAUGAGAAGCCCAGUGGGGCCCGGACUGCCAGCUUGAAGCUGAGUGAACCAGAAAAGUCGACUAGGCUGCGCGUGGAACUUCGGGCUAGAAAACCGCGAGCUGUUGCAGCUGCGGUCGAGCUGGAAGAGUCUGGGGAUGAUGAGGAAACUGUGGUAGAGGACAUAACCAUCAUGGACGACUCGGUAUAUUUUUCAUUCUCGGACCCGGACUCAGAAGAUGACUUUGUGGUACCAGACUCCGACUCUGUUGAAAUAUUAAAACCCAAAUCAAAACCUGCACGAGCCAAGCAGCACAGCAGGCAACCAUCCAGAAAUUUGGACCAAACAACAUUUGAGACCAAUGAGCAAAACCCCGUCUCAAGAUCAACAACAUCAACAAUAUCAACAAGGGGACCCAAACAAACCAGUCAAACUGGCGGAAGAGGUUCCAGACAAGAAAACUCAGACACAGAAAUAUCAACCUCUAAUACCCGGAGUAAAGCUACGGAUAAGGACAAGAAAAGACUAAGCCGGAAGGAACCAAACCAACAGACCUGUCGUUCCUCAGAUGGUGAUGAACUGGCUGGGACAUUAUCCAAGCUGCGACUAGAGCCCGAGCCUGUUCCACAAUCUCGGACAAAGAAAGGUCAAGAAACAGGCAGCAGUGAAGACAUCCUUCUUGACAGUCCAACAACGCCACCCAGCACACCUCCCAAGUUCCGUCCCAAAGGACUCAUAUCUCCCACAAAGAAACCCGCCAAGAUACCCAUGACACCACACGGUCCCACGACAGACGCAUUUUGGAGCCAGGAAUUCAACGACGACUGGAAUGAACAGCAUUCCCCCAGGAAGCUAUUCCAACCACCGCCCGUCCCAAGUCCAGCCAAGACGAGCCCAACAAAGAAGGAGCAAGCCGUGCAGCGCAAGGCAAAAAAGAGCUUCGAGGCCAGCAAGCACGAGAUUGCCAGCAGUUUCUUGCGCGAAUUGGACCAGGCCAUCACGGAGGGCCGGCUAACGAAACUGGCCGAGUCCACCGGCGGUAUCAAACUUCAAUGGACCAAAACGCUCAACACGACCGCAGGACGAGCAAACUGGCGGCGCGAGACUAUUCAAAGGAAGCACUCCCGCGCAGCCGCAGGUACCGACGCGCCCGCCGAGACCGUCACGACCACCGAGUGCCGGCAUCACGCCACCAUUGAACUGGCCGACAAGGUCAUCGACAGUGAGGACCGGCUGCUCAACGUGCUGGCGCAUGAAUUCUGCCACCUGGCGACGUUUAUGAUCACGGGCGUGACCACGAACCCACACGGCCGCGAGUUCAAGUCGUGGGCGGCCAAGUGCUCCCGGGCCUUUGCCCACCGCGGCAUCAACGUGACGACUAAGCACAGCUACGAGAUCGACUUCAAGUUCGCCUGGGAGUGCGUCGAGUGCGCGGGCGAGUACAGGCGCCACUCGCGCAGCAUCAACCCGCAGAGGCACCGCUGCGGCAGGUGCAAGGGCGAGCUCCGACAGACCAAGCCCGUGCCUAGAGGGGCGGCGGCCGGCGGCAAGCCCGGGGAGUCGAAGAAAAAGGAGCCGACGGAGUACCAAUUGUUUAUGAAGGAGCAGAUGAAGAUCAUAAGGGAGGAGAACCCCGGCAGUCCGCAAAAGGACGUAAUGAAGCAGGUCGCCGAGAGGUGGGCCAAGGUCAAACCCAAGACGAAGGGGGCGAAAAAGGGGGCAAGCGUAGACGAUCUCGAUAGUGCGACAAAGGGUCUGGUAGACCUGACGCUUGAAGGAUGACCGGCUACACUAUGAUUGAUGACAUGGAUUAAACGGGUGGCUGGCGUUUAUGGGUCAAAAAGAUAAUACACUAUAAAGAACAAUAACGGUUAUAGAAGUUAUGAUUAUCAUAACUUGAGUUCCCUUAUCAGUGGAAUAGGCUGUGUUGCGCAGAACAUGCAUGGC